UUGCAUUGAUCCACAGGCCAUGAUUGUGCCGCCGCCGCGGCGCCGCCUUGCUCUAAACCUCCUGCAGGAACACUUUGGAGAUGUUGUUGAGCAUGUGGCGUCUGUUCUCCUUCGAGCUGACGACGGUGGAUACACGUUGCGCGAACUCGUUCAGCAUUCGUUGUCGUCACCUCCAGCACACUUGCAGCCGCGACCCAAAGCUCAACACAUCAAGACAGCGCUGCUAAAGCUCCUCCAACACAAUCUGCUCGAGAUUAAAGCAACGUGGCUUCCUGCAGACUCAGCGAAGAAGCUGCCGUACAUCAUUCGGUACGAAUUGAACCACGAGGAAGCGCUGCUUCGUCUUCGUUUCACGCGAUACAUUGAACUGGCCCGCGAAGUCUUUGGAGAGGAGGGUGAAGUCAUUAUGGAAGAGCUGCUUGUGAACGGCCGUAUUCGCCUCGAUCAGUCUUUGGACGGCAUGGCCGCCACCCUCGCCGAGCAACGGCGCGCCGCCAGCACCGACCCGGAUGCUCCUGCAGCGGACGAGGACGAGCUCGAGGACAUCAAGGAAUCGCUGAAAAACACGUUCUUGAACAUGGCCAAGAAUCGCUACAUCUUGCGCGUGCAUCCUCUUGAUUUUAACAAGAAGAAAGCCCACGAUUUCGACUCUGGCGAAGCAGAGUUCGAGACUACAGUCACCACGACAGCGUCGUCCUCUUCCAAUUCAACCGACACGACCACCACGAUCAAGCACAAGAAGCGAAAGGGACUGUCGACUACGGCCGCAGACCCCGCCGUUCCUAUAGAAGUCCAACUCAUGAUGCAAGCAGAGAGCAAUAGCUUGGCAUCUCUGGCGGACGGUGACGACACCCCGGUCGAGCCUGUCACGUCCGAGAGCGGCACGAAGCGUCGACGCCUCAAGCGCGCCAAGCUUCCCACUGUCGGCGCGGCUUCGUCUGCCGAACCAUCUGCGGGACUGGUAUUUACCCCGCAAGCGUUGGUCGAAGAUGUGUCGCUGAAGGAAGAAAACACGAUUUGGCGGUACGGUGGCGUCCAGCUCACGCGCGAACUGCGACACCGCACGUGCAUCCAGUUUGCGCACGAAAGCAUCAAUGUUGUGGCUCAAGCAAUCGUGAAGGCCAUGCUCGCCCACUCAUCUCCCCACGAGCGCGACGCAAACGAAGCGACAUCGUUCCCGAUGACGGCGCGGGACUUGUUUGCGAUUCCAGAAGUGCACGACGCCGUCCCGUCCAAACACGACCGAUGGAAGAUGCUCCUCAACUUUCUCACGGCCAUGUGCCAGCACCCGUCGGGCAUGCUGACAAAGACAGCGCCUGAAGUGUUUGACCCGACGCAUGCCGUUCGCGCUGGCGACGGUGGCACGUACUCGGUGCACAUGCAGAACAUCGUGCGAACGCUUCAGCGCAAGUCGAUCCAAGCAUUUGUCCAUGAAAAGUACGGCGCCGCCAGCGCCCGCCUCGUCCGUGUCAUCACGGAGCAGCGCCAGCUCGAGCAAAAGACGCUUGGAGAGAUGGCACUCCUCCCGGCCGCAGAAACUCGCAGCCGGCUCUUUGAAAUGUACCGCGACAAGCUGCUCAACUUGCAGGAAAUCCCAAAGCGCACCGAUUACAACCCGCAGUUCACACUCUACUGCUGGUCUAUCGACGACGCCCGCCUCACUCGCCGCCUCCUCGAGCGCGCGCAAAGCACGAUUGUAAAGCUUCGCGCGCGACGCAAAGGUGAAGCCGAGAGCCACAAGGACCUGAUCGCACGCUCCGACCAACUCGUCGAGCAAAACGACUUGGACAAGUUCGAUCGCGUCAGCCGAUCCCUCGAUCGCCUCGACCGUGCCACACUCCAUCUCGAUCACAUGCUCAUGCUGUUUGACCAGUUUUAAAGAUCGUCCUUAGAGUAUAUCAAACAAUAUACUCUGUCGCAUCGGCGACAACAUUCCGGG